AUGAAUCUUGUAAGGUUUAUGAACAACCGCGUUCCUCCCAACAAGAGAUACCAGCCCACAGAAUAUGAGCAUGCUGCCAACUGUGCCACGCAUGCGUUAUGGAUAAUCCCCAGCCUGCUGGGCAGCUCCCUGUUGCACUUCCAGUCGGAGGACAAAUGGGAGAAACUGUCAGCCUGGGUGUACGGGGCGGGGCUCAGCUCGCUCUUCAUCAUCUCCACCCUGUUUCACACUGUGGCCUGGAAGAAGAGCCACCUACGGUCUGUGGAGCACUGUUUCCACAUGUGUGACAGGAUGGUGAUCUAUUUCUUCAUUGCUGCCUCCUACGCCCCGUGGCUGAACUUGCGGGAGCUGGGUCCCUGGGCGUGUCACAUGCGCUGGUUGGUGUGGGUCAUGGCCUCUUUCGGAACCACCUACGUCUUCUUCUUCCAUGAGAGGUAUAAGCUCAUGGAGUUGAUCUGCUACACGGUGAUGGGAGUGUUUCCUGCCUUGGUCAUCCUCUCAAUGCCAGAGCAGUCGGGGCUGUGCGAGCUGCUGGUGGGCGGAGCCUGCUACUGUCUGGGGAUGGUCUUUUUCAAAAGCGACGGCAUCGUCCCAUUCGCUCAUGCCAUUUGGCACCUGUUUGUAGCGAUGGGAGCGGCCAUACACUACUACGCCAUCUGGAAGUACCUCUACGCCCAGCCGCCCAAUCAGGUCCAGACCUCCAGAUGACAUCACAGGAACUAGCUCGCAUGGUCGAGCAACUUCAAGGGGAUGAUGUGAGCUGUGUCCCAAUUCAGGGGCUGCCUCCUUUGAAAAAAACAAACACUGGACCUCCUCCACAUUUAGCCUCACAGUAACCAAAACCAUGUUGCCUUCAGGUGAUCCUUCUCAACUCGUAAAAGUCAAACACGUCCAUGUUUAUGACCAGGAAGUCGCAGUUGGCCAGCAAACACAACAGUUUUCAGUUCUGGGUGAUUAUACACUAAUGAAAACACAGUUGUGGAUAUCCUAUUCCAUUUCUGCUCACGGAUCACUCCUCUAAAUGCUACACACUGGACCUUUAACAUGCUGUGAUGAGUUGUCGUAUGAGGGCGUUCAGCAUGAACCGACAGUGGACAUCAUGCCUGUCUGCCUUUAGUCACAUCCUGCGCUGGUUUUAGUGUGACAUCCUGAAACACCCUGACCUCAAAUACCUGACACAUGAUGUGAUAUUUCCUGACUUUACGAGUUGAGGAGGACAGCUGAAUGCAUUGAUUGUAAUAGACAUAAUAAUAAUAAUAAUAAUAAUAAUAAUAAUAAUAAUAAUAAUAAUACACCUGUUGUUUUUGCCAAACAUGUCAAAAUGAAGUGUGGAGACUUUACAUCGGGGCAACUUCUCAGCCUCUUGUAUUUACUCUGGACUUUAAAGGAAGCAGCCUGUUAGUUGGGAUGCAGCUUUUUGUUUUUAACAGUCCGGUUUAGUUCAGUUUCCGGUUAUUUUUUUCAGGAAUUUUGGUUUCAUUCCAAUGAUCAGGGGUUCAAAUACUAUUCUUGGAGAUUUCUCCCCACGUGGUGCACAUCCAGACUCAGUGUUCAGAAGCUGAAUUGGAGGCAUUGUCUUAUUGUCGCGAGGAGGACAAUGUUUACAAUCAGCUCACUUUACUAUCAUACUUAGUUUAAGGACAUUAUUUAAACUUUUAUUGUCAUCAUUAGCAGGAAGCUUUUGUGUUUUUUAACAGUGUUGUACCUUGUAUUUGCGUGUAAGUGAUUAAUGGGGACGGCAAUUUUUGAAACUCUGGUUGCAGCCACAUCAGAUACCUUCACGUCUCGGUGUACAUGGAUACAAAUACUGUUUCUGCAAAUGGAGUCUGGUGGCUUCGGCAUCUGGCUGUUUCUGGUGAAACAGAAAAAAUAUCUUAUUCUUUCACAAAACCCUUUCCAUAAUGACUCCUAAAAGGACAACCUGAGCCUGUCAGUGGCAAAAACAAACACUUUGAAGGAGCAAUUCCUGAGUUAUGGCCAGAAUUUGGGCUUAAAUCGUCCAAAAUAUGAACUUACAUCAUCAGCAGUAACAUGUUUUACAAUAGGCCCAACACAAGAGGAGAUUCAGAUAGCCCCCCGUAGGUUUAGCAGGCAGAUAUCUGCCAUCUGUUAGCGUAAUAAAUGAGGAAAAUAAACAAGAUACACGAUAAAGGAAAUGAAUAACUCAGACUUAAUACUCUAUUUUCCUUAUUAAACUGGAAAAAUCACCAUCUGAAUCCAAGUCUGUCUCUUUUACUUGUGGUGAUCUGAGGUUCCGGUCCAGACAAACUCCACAGAGCCACUAGCUCCACGGCUAGCUGAGCCAUGAGCUAAUUAGCCAACGGUAGCUAGUCCCCGUUAGUCACUUACACACAAAAAACAGGGUCGAGCUUUAAAAGUACAGAAGUGACGCUUUAACAUGCGGUGUCGUUUUGGCUUGAUUAUAUUUAGGAGGUUGAAACAUCAGUAAUUUACUAUUCCAGUUCAGAACGCUAGAUAGUGUUAUCACUGUUAUUGUUAUUAGUUGUGCUAUCUACACUGUAGGACACUCUAUGGUUUAACAGCGGUCGUUCCAGUCGGUGAUUUACUGUGAUUUCCAAAAUCGAGCAUGACCGUAGAACCAUCUUUUUACGUUGAACAUAUUCAUGGUUUCAGUCUCGGGAGACUUUACCUGUGUGCUUCCACAUUUUAUCAGGCGCUACACAGUAGAUUAUCAAGUAUAAUUACUGAAUUCUAAUAGUUUACUGUCGUUGAUUAGGUUUAGUAAGUGACGAUGUCAUCAGUACGAUUUAUACAGUAUAUAUUUAUCAAUGACGUGCGAGUAUGUGUUGACUUCAUCUAUAUUUUCUUCUGAUGUACUUAUAGUGUCAGCUGAUUAUCUUCAUCAUCUUCAGCCUAAUGAGUGGGACCCAUUUGAUAAAGAGUUUAUCAAAGCUACAUGGUUGAACCUCAGAAAGGGGGGAAACCACGUUACGACUCAGCACUGCCAGACGACUGACUUACUGCCACAACCAAUAGCACACUACUACCAUAAACAUCUCACACUUGAAAGGAAACUGAAGCUAUAGUAUUGUUGAACAAUCCGGCCCAAUAUUAAGGCAUCUCAGGUGUGUGUGUGUGUGUGUGCGUGUGUGUGUUUGUAUGUAUACUCUCUCUCUGACUCCCAUGAAUCCGAAGCCUCUUAAUCGGCUGAGUCUAUGUUUACACGUGAACGCAUGUACCUUGAACACAUCAGAAGUAUAUUUGAAAUGUGUACGUACUCUUCGUGUUACGCUGUAUGUGUCGACACACGGCAUGUUGGACAGGCUUGUGUAAUGUGACGAAAGUGGCUAGAGGACCAAAAGGUCAAAGUAUUCGUAGGUGUAAGGGAAAAAAAAAGAAAAAGAGAGAAAAAUCUGCUCCUGUUCGACAUCUUCUCUCUGCCGCCUGUCUCUCAGGAUUUGGAUCAUUCGGGCUUAAAGGCCCGUGAAGCCACAUUCAAGGACCACUAAAGCAGCUCGGGGUUGUUUCGGCUGCAGCAACGAAAAAUCUGCAUACAGGAUCAAAUAGCUGUGAAGCUGCUUUUUCUUUAAUGCUGGCACCGCUCCAUACAGCUUCACUUGUUUACUCUCACCUCCCUCCCUCUCCCCCAAGUAGGGCAGCAAGCUUUUUUUUUUCUGCAAGCUUUAUGUCUGGUGAAUAUUUCUAAAGUGACCAGACAGGAGAAAAGCUUUAUAGCAGAUAGAAACUGAUGCAGAGGCACGUCGGACGUUAUAGCAGCGAAUGUGCUCAUAGGUUAUAAUGAGGAAUUAGAAAGCAUACCUUUGUUGUAAAAUAAACACAAUCUGCAUCAAAAUACACUGUGAUGAACACUUGAAUGUGCAGUAGUUCCUGAGCAGUGGUUCUCAACCCUUUUCCAGUCGUGACCCCCCAACCCCUCCUCCUCCUCCAGCACCGGGUCUUUCAACAUGUAACAUCCACACAGUGUCGAAAUAAUUCUGUUUUUUCUCCAGUCAGAACUUCACAAACAUACUAAGAAUUUGCUGGUGUGGGAAAUUUAACAUAAAAGAAAAAAGAAGGUAAAAAAGUUAGUGUAUACGGUGAUACUGAGGAGUAGUAAAAGGCAGUAUUGUCGUGAUACAUGUUGCACUUGAUAUUGUUAAAGCAGUAUUGUAUUGGCAUUUACAGUACUGCUUUUACAAUAUCAUGUGCGAUAUUACCUUUAAUUGCUUCACCACAUCAUUCUAUAUACUUCCUAUUCUAUUAAGUUUUAUUGUAGUUCACCUUUUUCCCUAAAACUAUCUGAUUGUAUUGUUAUUGUUGUUGUAUUAGGCGCUGUUGUCACCUUCACCUAAAUCUAGUCUAAAUCCCUAGUCUAAAGUAUGUUUUUUAUUUUUUUUUAUUUUCUCCUGGUGACACAAAAUGAGAGCAAGCAAAGGUUUUUGGAAGGAGCAACAAAUAAUAUCAUCAAAGUGUUACAGAUGAAAUACCCACAUAUUUUAAAAAAAAGGUCGGCUGUGCAGAAACCGUCUCCUUGUGCUGCCCCUGAACACAUCCUCGGGUCUUUCAUAGUGUUCAUUUCUAAAAAACAAAA